AUGGCUAAAGCGAACACAUCUUUAGUCUUUCACCAAAUUCAUAACAAUGCUGAUCUCAAAGACGAAAAGGACCCGAAAGAAAAAGGAGUCAAAAAAUUUGCAAAAGUUUUGAAAGCUGCUUAUUUCAACACAACUCAAAUUGGAAACCACUCACCAUACAACUUUCUCCGAAACCCAUACAGAAAGCAACCAUUCCAAUCACCAUUCAAUUUUCGAUACCCUCCUUUCACCCCAAACAUGGACCCACUACAAUCAGUUCAACAAAAUCAUCUAACCAAAGAAAACACUCCAUUCCCUCCCCCUACUCCCCAGGAUCCAACAAUAGGGGAACUGCUACCACCUCAAGUUAUCGAACUGGUGAGAAAAUUAUAUGGAUGUAUUAAUAUAAUGUAA